AUGAAUUAUCGAUAUCAAGAUCCUACUAUGUAUUACGCUUCUUAUCUUUACCCAGCUGCUAGUCCCUCUUCUAAAUACACAACUUCCUACCUUUAUAAUCCUUCCUCUGCUUAUAAAUUUGAAAUUUCAAUAUCAGAAUAUGGAUAUGCAAAUCUAAUUAUUUCUAUUAUAUAUAGUUGGCUUUUGAUUCUUUCAUAUGUAACUAUUUUGAUUUUAGUAUGUAUUUCAAAAUUUGUAAAGGAUAUGGUUCAGCAAGGCAUGGAAGAGAUGGAAAGCUCUGCAAAUGUAGUACAUGAGGGCCCAGCCUAA